AAUUACCACCCAACCAACCACCAACCACCAACCACACCACCCUCAACUCUGAUUCCGAGGUUCACAAUUCAACACAUGCUUUCAUUUUGAUCCUCAUCCGUUCAGACGACUCCUUUCACUGCGCCCAGCUUAAUUAGGCAAAAUUGGCUGCAUUGAUGUAUUGAUAUUGAUUGCCUUAUAUCCUAUCCACUCUCCCCCUCCAUCUCUCCAUCUUGUACUCAUUCCAAGAACUCCUAUAUUUUCGAUGAGUUAACGACUGCGCCUCACCCUCGAACCAGCAAAUCGACCUUUAAAUCAUAUUCGCCUUCUCAUUCCUGAAUAUCGCAGACACGCGCAAAGAUUUUGAGCCUGUCGCAUCAGAUCAUUUUUUUCAAAAUGUCCCUCAACCUCGAGAAACAGCUUACCUUUUACGGGGCUUACCAUCACAAUCCUACAAAUGUUUUCAUUCAUAUGAUAUGUGUGCCUUUGAUUCUGGCCACCAGUCUGUUCCUUUGCUCCAACAGUCCCACAUUGAUACCUCUGCCAUCAUGGCUUACCAUUCCGAAUUUACCUUUGAACUUUAGCACGAUUGGAUCAAUAUGCUACAGCGGGUUUUACAUCCUUCUUGAACCGGUCGCAGGCAGCAUUCUUCUCCCAUUCAUUAUCGGAUGGACUGCAUUCUCGAAUCAUGUCCUUGCUACGUCUUCAAAUGCUACUUUGGCAAAUCAAAUCGCUGGUGCUGUAUUCUUUGUCUCGUGGAUUAUGCAAUUCGUCGGCCAUGGUGCUUUCGAAAAGCGUGCCCCCGCAUUACUCGACAACCUCGUGCAAGCUUUAGUCCUCGCUCCAUUCUUCGUAUUUAUGGAGUUGCUAUUCAUAUUUGGAUACAGACCGGAAUUGCAAAAAAGGAUUGAUGUUGCAGUCGAAAAAGAGGUUACGAAAUUCAAAGCCGAGCAGACAAAUGGUACCAUCAAGAACGGCAAAGCCAACUGAAAUCCCGAUAUAGGACCGAGAUAUAUCACACAGACAAGCAAUGCAGGGGGAAGCCCGUGAAGGGCAAGGGGAAGAAAGGUGGACAUGAGCGCAAUGGUAGAGGCGGCAGUCUAUUCAGAAGGUCAACGGAGCUCGCCCUAGAUUGGCAGCAGUGUUCAGAAUAGCUUUCGCGGGAAGUAAAGUCUUUCCGGAAGGAUAAGCCAAUUCGGUGGAGUUAUUUUUGAGGUGCGAGGCGUUUCUUAAUUUCUUGGUUCAAUUGUACAUUUGCAAGCGAGUUUUUGAUAUGCAGAGAAUACCAUGUUUAGUCCCUCGAACACUACUCGUCAACUUUCAUCUGCAUGCCUAGGUAAAUCAAUGUGUCUGGAUUUAAACUACAUACAUACAUCAUGACCAAUGAUAGCAAGACCAACUGCUUGACCUGACUAAGUGUUAAGGUAUUAAUGGUAAGGGAGCUACGCAACAUGGAACCAUAUCCACGCCAUGCAAUGUCAAAGUGCGCUCUUGGCGACGAAAAUACUACUUGAGAUUCCAUUGAAAUAAACCGGUGUCCCUAUAUCGUCUCAUAGUCUAUAAAUUUCAUUAAUUUCACAUUUUGUACAUCGCCAUUUCACAUAGCCAAUUCUAUUUUGUAUUGUAGA